AUGAGGAUCGCUGCUGCUGCUGUUGCCUUUGGAGCACUUGGCGCGGCGUUUACACCGCUUCCACCCAAGUUCUUCAACGAGCCUGCGUCUCCUUGGAGCAAACCCUCGGCUCCCUUGCCUAUCCAGCCCAGCGAGCAGGACCUUGCGGGAUUGUGCGACAAGGCCACGAAUAGGUGCCAUUACAUAAAGCAAACUGAGGACGGCAAGUCAUUCCAAGUCAAGGUUGCAAACUGCAAUCAGACGUGCACAGGGGCGGCCCACGCUUGCUCGGCCGACGAGAAGACCAACUCGGUCACCUGUAGUUGA